AUCGUCCAUGGGCUCCCUCUGCUCAAAGUCGGGAACCGUGUCUGGCGGACAUCAAGUCCUAGGAUCAGCUAGCUCCUCGGGCCCUACGGGGCAGCCGGACGGUACGAGGCCGGACCCUCGAGCGGCCGCUGCGGAGGCAGCGGAACGGCGUAUGAAAGCGUCUCAGGCUCGCGGUACGCACUCAGCCAACCCGAACGCUGGACGACUCGCCGCGCAAUUGGAAGCUCAGAAGGGCGCACCUCGUGUGCCGGAGCCGAGACAGCAGGAACAACUCGUGUGGGAUUGAGCGUCGCCGUCCGAGCCCACGAAGGGCUAACUGCGCGCACACGAGGCUAUACCCACUCGCAGGAGCGCGAGAUAGGAGGGGUUAUCGCGUCUCUUGGCCCCCCACGUUGUCGCACCUGCAGAGCUUCCGUGACUUGUAUACCAUUUCGAGGAUAGUUCCUGCUCCGGUAUCUACGGCUACCACAUCGCUGCCCUGUCCUGGUGUCUGACCCUGCAAGGCCGCGUAGAGGCCGGGGCUUCUCCGGCAACCCCUGCACGAGGGAGCGUGCAUGCGUGUAAUCAUAUCUUC